AUGAAUUUUACAGAGCCUCGUACCACAGAUUAUCUAUAUUAUUCAGACUAUGCUUCUCUAAUCACACAGCCUUGUUCAAAAUUGGAAGUCAGGAUCUUCACAAAAGCAUUUCUGCCAGUUGCGUAUUCGUUGAUUUGUACCAUCGGCCUAGUUGGUAACAUCUUUGUAGUGAUGACCUUUGCUUUAUAUGAAAGAACCAAGUCCAUGACGGAUGUGUACCUCUUCAACAUGGCCAUAGCAGACAUACUGUUUGUUCUCACUCUCCCACUGUGGGCAGUGAAUUAUGCUGCUGACAACUGGAUCUUCGGUGAUUUCAUUUGCAAAAUGACCAGAGGUAUCUAUGCAAUCAACUUCAGCUGCGGCAUGCUGCUUUUGGCCUUUAUUAGCGUGGACCGGUACAUUGCUAUUGUACAGGCAACAAAGUCAUUUAAACUCAGGGCAAGAACACUUGCAUAUAGAAAACUCAUUUGUUUGGCCGUAUGGGUAUCAUCAAUUUUAAUCUCUGGUUCCUCUUUUCUAUACAGUGAAAGUUACAGCUUCUCCACCAAUGAAACCAAAGAGAUUUGUGAUCACAGAUUUGACAGAAUGUCUGAAAGCACAAUGCUGAAAUCACUGCUGCUGUGUCUACAAGUUGGAUUUGGAUUUUUUAUACCUCUCAUAUUCAUGAUUUUUUGCUAUACGUUCGUUGUCAAAUCUUUACAACAAGCACAAAAUUCCAAAAGAAACAAAGCAAUCCGUGUGAUUGUAUUAAUUGUAGCUGUUUUCCUAGUUUGCCAGGUACCUUAUAACAUUGUUCUUCUUGUGACAGCCAUAAAUAUGGGCAAGAUAGACAAAUCUUGUGACAACGACAAGAUAAUGGCCUAUGCGAAAUACACCACUGAAGCCAUAGCAUUUUUACACUGUUGCGUGAACCCUGUGCUCUAUGCAUUUAUUGGAGUGAAGUUCAGAAGUUAUUUUGUGAAGAUAAUGAAGGACCUAUGGUGCAUGAGAUACAAGAAAUACAAUAAACGUAAUUCAAGGACAAACUCUGAUAUUUAUCAUUCAAGGCAGACUAGUGAAAUUCUGACUGACAAUGGAUCUUCUUUUACUAUAUAA